UGCGAUUAUAACAAUCAUUUUAUUAUUGAGUGGUUCAGUCCCAAUUACAAUUGAAUAUAAUCUAAAAAGUGAUUUCUUGGCAUUAAACAGACUAAAUAUUGUAACAAUAGCGAAAAGUUUGAUUAAUUGAAGUGAUUCUGGUUGAUUCCACGAAAUAACACAUUUACAUUCUAUCGAUUUGAUUGAGUUGAGUUGACUAGUGAACUAGUUUUGAUUCAAAUCGACGAUGAAGCAGUUAAUUUAUUUCAUUGUUUUGGUUUUUCUUAUUUUACAAUUAACUGAUUCCAUUAAUGGACAAUUCUUUCCAUUUCCAAACAACAAUUUUGUACAAUGUAGUCCAUUAGCUGCACCAGCUAAUGGAGGAUUCGCAUCAAUGUGUUCAACUACGCCUGGAGGUACAUGUACUUUUGCGUGUGCCACUGGUUACACUUUAACUGGAUCGGCAACCAUAACAUGUUUACCGAAUGGAGCUUGGUCCGCGGCAGUUCCAACUUGCGCAGCUUCAAAUAGAGUGAUUGGGUAUCUUUACGUUCCUAAUCGUUAUUGGUUCAGGGGAUAAUUUUAAACACUAAUUACGCAUCUGGUUACAUGUUUUGGCAUUUUUUGGUUAAACAAUUUAAAAUAUUCAAUUUAAUGUGAGAGUUUAUAUCUUAAUUUACCAACAGAUGGCGGUGAUCAAUGUUUACAGUCACCAUAGUUACUGGUUAUGCCUGGUAUAACCGCUGGUAAGAUGUAAAAUACAAGUGAAAAUAAACAUAAACAGUCAUGCAAACUAAUGACUUCAAUUCAUUAACUUAUUUUGAUUCAUUCGUGAUGAUUUACCUUUAUCAGCUUGAACUGGACAAGGAGUUAUGAAAUUUUUUGGCUCAAUCAGUCCUUUAACAAUUUCUAUAGCGACACUCAAGUAACAACGGUGCUGCAAUAGUGAAUAUUUUUUCGUUCUGUCUUUUCUUAUUUUAUAAUGUGUAUUUAACUGGUUAUUGAUUUGUUUAAAUUCUAUCCUCUUUCUGUAUCAUCUUUCAUCACUAUUCCUCAUUGUCUUUCAUCUGUUAUUGCAAAUAUUUUUAUUACCGAUUCUUAACCACCCUUAUCUUAUGAUCCUGUUAAUCAAUUGCCUGUAUAAAAGCAACGAGUGAAAAUAGGUAUUAUUGUUAUUUUUAAAUUCAGUCAUAUUUAAAUUUAAUUAUCACCGGUCCUACAAAUGUUGAAACAUCGAGUUAUGGACAAGUACAAGGAAGAAAUGUCAGUGGAAGAUGUUUACGAAUUGGCUUCUGAAAUUGGCAAAGAAUUCGAGAAAAUAAUUGAUAUCCAUGGGAGUGGUAAUGUGGACUCGCUGAUGAGUAAAGUAAUUUACAUACUACAACAUUUAGAGAUGUGUUGCCUGAAACGAGAUGAGAUUACCGUUGAAUUGAAAUCCUUUCUCAAUCGUAUUUACCAUCUGGAAAAAGAAAGAAGUGAGCGAGCUGAGAAUCGAAUGAAAUUAGAUAAAGAAUUGGAACAGAUCGAAGAUAACUGGAGAAAGGAAAACAAUGAAUUGACAAAUAAAGUACGCAAAUUACAAUUAGAAAACCAAAGGUUACAAGCUUCUAUUGCCAUGUACUCUUCUCUUCAAGGUUUCAUCUCUGUUGGAGAAUCAAAUGAUGCUGAAGAGAAAAGGAUUAGUGAAUCUCAAAUUAAUCAAUUGCGAAUCCAAUGUGAAAAUCAACAAAAGGAAUUGGCUUCCAAAGACGAACAAAUUGAAAAAUUACAUGAACAAAUUGAAGAAUGCCAUCAACGAACUCGCGAAGUUAAAAAGAAGCUUAAAAACCUGGAAAACAGUUGUGUUGAAAUCUUGGAUGAAAACUUGGGACCUGAAGUAAAGUGCGAUGAAGACUCCAAGAGUGACUUACAGGACGACAAGUGCUCUAAUAGUCAAGAUAAAUCACCAGAAAGGCAACCAAAUAACAGUAACCCGGAAUCUCCUCAAAGACUUUCUGAGAAACAGCGACAAGAAAUGGUUAAAUCUCGAUUCUCUUUCGCCGAAUUACGAGAAAUCAUAUUGGAAAAGAAUCGUCUACGAAGUAGAGUCCAAAAGCUAGAAGAAAGUUUGGCCUCAUGUAGAUGUCGAAGUCCUCUUAAAAUUCGUUCAGUUACCAGUUCACCAAGAAAAACAGUACAAGUGGAUCUUCCCGUUCAAGGUCCUAUCAACAAAGAACCUGAAGAAAAACUUUACCCAUGGAAAAGACCUUCCAAAAUUGUCAAAUUUUUUCCCUCUUUUACCUGGGGUAAUUUACGACUCGCCUGAGAUUGAUUACUGUCCCAAUUAACACCACAACUAACCAUGACAGAGCAAAACACUCAUUUCUCAUGUGAUCCCAUCAAAUAGUAAAUUAAGCACCAUUGAAUCUUCCAACAAUCUUCAUCUUCUUCUUUUGUGUUUUUUAACAAAAUUCAUCUGUUUAUCAAGCUAAACAUUCCCAAAGUAUUAUCACAACCAUCAACUAAUUAUCUUCAUAUUAACUACACACAUUUGCUGGAGUCUAAUUGCAGCUAACAUCAAUUCAUUUAAACCACUGAACAAUCGCAUCGAGCGCAAUCAACUAUUAAACUCAUCACUAUGCUUAAA